AAAAGAUUAGUCCCGCAGAUAUAUGUACUUAAAACUAAAAAUCGUCAAAAUUUCUGCAGAUUAAAAAAAAAAUAAAACUCUAUAACCUCUGCCAAUUAAAAAUAAAUGAAAAAUAUAUACUCAUGUUUUUAGUUCUUAUGUAUCCUGUUUGUAAAUCAAACAUAACACACACACACACCAUAUAUAUAUAACGGACAAACACACACCCAUAUGUGUAUGUGUUUACACGUGUUAUAUUUUCCCGCGAAUUCUGAAACAACACUGUGGCUGUCUUUUAAAAGUCUAGUAUGGCCACAAGCUCUAUUUCUAAGGGAUGCUUUGCCUUUAAAGGGAACAAAAAAAGACUAAAUGCAAAUGAAAUUUUGAAAUGUAACCGAAACGCCAUUGUUAAUUUAAUCUAUGAAUCACAUACAAAUUCUUGGAAUCAGAUCAACCAGAAAUUCCAGGAUUUGCAGUUUCACAUGACUGAGGACUUGUUCAACAGUUUAUUGAAGUACAUAAAAUCAUGCAAUACCAACUUCAGCCUAAGCAACAACACAGGUGCAGCCUCAAGGCAAACAAGGACUCAAGAGAUACCAACUGCGGUCUUGUUUACAGGUGUCAAUACUCCUGACCAUACAGUUAUGUUCUCCAAUCUACGCACCAAUCUUCAACAGAAGAUCAGUCCCCUGGUUGCAUCAUUAACCUCAAAGACCUGUACCACUAUCAGGAAUAUUAUCCAGCAAGUUCUUGGACAGAUUAUACAUCAAUCUUCUCAAAUGUCCUUUUCAGAUGACGAGGAAGAUUUGAAUCCAAAAUCUGCCCCAUGUACCCUGAACACAUUAGCUGAUUGGUAUUAUGAUAAAUACAAGAAAGUUGGAAAUUUUCCUUCACCUGCAAAAAAGAAACGGUCAGAAAAUGAAGACACUGUAAAUGCAGAUUCUUCGCCAAAUCUACCAAACAUAGUUAUUAUAUUUGAAGACCUGGAAUCAUUCACUUUGAAACCAUUGCAAGAUUUUAUUAUGAUAUGCAGCUCCUACCAAUGUCGUUUACCAAUGGUCUUCAUUUUCGGUGUAGCUACAACCAUGAAUUCUGUCCACAACUCCCUCCCCAAGCUGGUGUCAUCUCAACUGUGCAUGGAAAAGUUUCAAGUGCCACCACCGUCAGAAUAUAUGACACGUCUUCUUGAUGAGACCCUGCUAAAUGCCGAUGUUCCUUUCAAGUUGGGACCAAAAGUCUUUGAGUACUUGCUUGAUGUGUUCCUCUACCACAACUUCUCCAUCUCCUAUUUCAUGAAAGGAAUUAAGAUCGCUAUUCUUGACCACUUCUUUAGCUGCUCUUUGAGUUAUUUAAUUCUUCCCGAAAAGAACUCUGAGGUGAUGACACAACACAUCAAACAAACCGACCCUGACGCUGUUCGGCAACUUCCAUCAUUCAUGAAAUAUGUCGAGAUAUCUCCACACAGCAAGCAGAAGAGUUUACUCCUCAGCGAUAAAGCAUUAAAAGAAGAAUUAGCAAAACUUUUGGAAGAUUUCCACCUCUAUCACAAGAACUUCUUCAUCAUGCUCAACUGUCUUCAUAUCCUUGUUGGGAAAUUACCAAAAUAUCCACUUGGAAAGCAAAGACGAGAAUUAUAUCUGCUGUGUUUGAAACAAUUCAUCUGUGAUACGGAACAGUACCAAGAAGCCAUGAAUCUUUUGAGAUUUCUGUCAAAAGAUGAAUUGGAAAAUAUGCUGAUAAGUUGCCAAGAGAGCUUACUCAAACAAACAUUAACUGACCCCUGUAUUCCUGUUUGUUCUAAAUUGUGUGACUUUCUGAAAAUGCUGGAGGACCUCGAUGGUAUGAAACUUGAAGAAGAGAACAAAGGCAAUUCUGAUGAUGAAGAACUCGCACAGCUACCUAAACGAACAAAUCUCCAUAAUCUACGAAAGACUUUGCAAGAAAUGGAUAAGAAAAAGAAGAAACUGUCGCCAUUUGAGAAAUUGCGUGAAGAAAUCAUAUCAUAUAUGGACAGCAAUUUCAGGAUCUUCUUGAAAUGUCCCUCAAGCAUUCCACUUCAUGAAGUCUUCUACUAUGAUUCGUUGCCAAUAUUACAGGAUUAUUUUACUGUGUGUCCUCGAGCAGCCAUCCAGAAAGCUCUCUCUCAACCACAUUCCUAUCUCAAAUGUUCUUGCUGUGAAGCUGACCCCGGAGUGAUUCUGUCUUCUUUCCCAGAUGUUUGUGUUGCAUAUAAACUACAUCUUGAAUGUGGACGUUUAAUCAAUUUAUAUGAUUGGUUACAAUCAUUUAUUACUGUUCUUGAAGAUUCUGAAAACAAACCGAAACGUAAAGACCAACACAAAGUAUUACAAGCUCGUUUUAUUCAAGCCAUUUCGGAAUUACAGUUCCUAGGAUUCAUCAAGCCCACACGCCAGAAAACUGAUCAUGUGGCUCGGUUAACAUGGGGCGGGUGUUGAUUCUAAACAUCUUUUCUUUCAUGCUGGAUAAACUCAGAUAUUUUAUUUGUUUAUAUUUUAUAUAAAAUAAGCUGUAAUAAACUUUGAAAUUCA